AUGGGUGCUGGAAACUCUAAGCCCGAGGCCACGGCCAGCUCACAACAUGUGUUCUCCAGCAACUCUCCGGUGCAAUUCUCCUCGAACCUAGUCGAUGCGCUCCAGUCCAACUCGGAGUCCGACUCCACCCGCGCCAAAGCCCUCGAGCUCGAGAUCCAAAACCGCGUCGCACAGGAACUGCAGCGCCUCCGCGAGCGCGAGCAGCAAACCCUCGCCCAGAUCGAGAAGCGUCUCGCCGAGUCUAAAGACACCACUACUCUGCCCAUCACCGCCGCGACCGCGCCUCUCGCCGCCGGCCACCCCGAGGGCUCUCUGAACCUGGACGCACCACGCAUUCCCUUCGCAGGACGUCACCACGACCCUGUGCCCACAUACGCCGCUCCCGCUGAGGCUGCUGCUCCUGCCCAGCCUGCUAAGCGCGAUGUCUCGCGGGACUCUGUCGCUGCUGAGAUUGAUCAGCUGCGGAGUAAGCUUGAUGGACGGAGGAAGCUGACCGAGCUUGAUGGUGAUGUGGCUAAGGCUCGUGCUGAUGUCACUAGCUGCUUGCAGUUGAAUGAUCGUCGACCUUUGAACUGCUGGGAGGAGGUGGAUGCUUUCAAGCGUGAGGUUGCGCGCAUGGAGGCUUCUUUCGUGGAUCGCAUUGUGGGUUAG